AUGUCUCUCUCUGAUGUUCAUUACUCCAAGGCUCUUAAAGUUCAAUUACAGAUCAUUGGUGCAGAUUUAAAUCCAAGGCGUAUUGCAGCUACUUUGCAUUAUCAAAUGGUUUGGCGAAUCCAAGACCAUGCUCUUGAUCUCGCUAUCCCUACGACUACUGAUGCACUGCUCCUUACUGUCGACUCUCAGAAUACUCCUCACUACAUCAAUAUUCCCAGGCAAAUUUCUAGAGAUGGUUUGAUUAAAUUGUUACCUAACUCUUGGGUGACGAGUUACGAGUCUCUUAACAAAAAAGAAACUCCAGUGGUUUCUACAGAAUCUACCAUGCAUGAUAACAAGGACGAAACAACAACUAUCAGAUUUAAGUCUCUAGCAACUCCCAGUGCUCUACCUUUGAGUUUUCAACAAACUCAAUUCAUGAUUACUCCAGUCAUACCAAUACAGCAAUACGGGAACCUGGACUUUCCAUUCAUUCAUUUCAACAAUUUGUUACAUGCCAAGCUCCGUAAAGAAUGUGAUGAAAAGAUCAAGCUGGAACGAGAACAAAAGAAGCGAGAAAAUCACUCAGAUCCUUCAUCUCCUAAGCCUCAUCAUCAUUUAUCUAAGGAUAAGGCGCUAGUGCACAUAAUGAUGAUGAAAGACCGCCAACCUUAUGCUGAUCCUGACUCUUCAGAAAAUCCCGUCUCUUCCAAUUUUAUGAGCUCUUUUUUGAGAGACAUGGCAGAAAGGCAACGUCUUGCCGCUUCGGUCGAUAUACCUUCGACUGAUGAAUCAUUUGAAAGUGACUUUGACUCUGACAGUAAUACUUCUUAUCAACAUCCUAAUGUCUAUCCCCAACGUAUGACCCAUCAACUUGAAUCGUCCAGACCACCUGUUGUUUCUGAGGUCGAUGAUGAGAUGCCUGAAGGUGAUGAUUCCAUUCCAGACUCUCCGCCUAUGUAUUGA